AUGUCAACACCAAUUUUUAACGAUUUCUUUAAUAACACAAAUCCUUCUAAGUGGUCGUGUGAAAACGUUGUUAAAUACUACCGGGAGUAUAUUUCGCAACACGAGCCCCUUAAAAAAGUUCUUUACGAUAUCAAUAUAGAGUUCAAACGAAUUAAAGAAACUGACUCUGAUGACUCGCGCAGAAAAACAGCGCAGUAUAUAAUUGAUAACUGGAAAAAGGCAAUCGAGAUAUGGCCAAGCUGGGACACGCAAGGUCGACUGGUUAUGAACGCUAGGUUCGUGCUUAUCUCGAUAAUCAAGGUAUGGUCAAGCUGGGACACACAAGGUCGACUGGUUAUGAACGCAAGGUUCGUGCCUACCUUGAUUUGCCUUCGGUGGCUAGCUGGGACACGCAAGUACUGGACUAUGGAUGUAAAACAAUCAAACCAGAAUGACGAGAUUAUCCAAAAACACAUUGCUGAACGCAAUGCCCUUGUGGAAGAGCAGUUACGAGAUCAAGUCGUACGAACUACACUUGAAGAACAUCUAACAAGGAAACGGCCAGCUGAGGAAGCCUCUCCCAUUGUCACUUCUCCUCCCAAUCUUCGACAACGUGAGCCACGAACUCCUGAGGAUAAGGUAGUUGUAUUUUCCAUUGUCUUAAUGUAUAGCUCACAAAAAUAUCAUCUCACCUUUCAGAUGCAUUCGCAGAUCAGAACCACUAGUGGAACGGAAAUGGAAGAAACUGACAGCGAUAUAACGUAUAGUGAUGAAGAGCCCUCUGAGACUUUUCUUUCGCAACAAUCUUAUACAAAUACUACCAAAGCGGAUUCGUCUUUGGCGUUGGCAAAAGAAGUAGAGAAGGAAGAGAAACAAACAUCGAAAUAUAUCAACCGUGACAUUGCAUCAGAAGCUUUAGGAACAUAUCAGAUGAAUGUCUUGGCGGGCAAGAAAUUAAUAUAUAAUAACGUGGAUGUGUUAGAUUCUGCUCGCUUGAAUAUGAAAACCACAAAAAAAAGUCCUCUCUGUAUAGGUGUCAUCAACAUCCAUAACUCUGACUGCACAAAAUUUUUACCCGAUGACUUUAAACAUUUUGUCGCCGAUCAGCUACAAGACCCUGAAAUUGAAGCCGUUAACUUUGCUAAUGGGCGAAGCAUUUCUAAGUUUGUGGUUGAUUGUGAAGAGGUGGUGAUACAAUUCUUGGAUAAAUUUUAUGACGUGGAUGAUUUGGGGUCUUUGGCAAAGGUUCUGAAUGAAAAUCCGAUCGAUAUGUCUGUCGCAUCAAAUGACCUGAUUUUUGUGCGGGCCCUUUUCGAUCAUUUUUUCUUAUUAUACAAGAAUGACAUUCUCCUACAGUCUAUGUCUGAAAGCGAGUUAAAUAUGUAUGUCUGGACUCCGUUACUUAGAAAUGCGUUUCUCGGAAAGGACGAUAUAAAAUUAAGUUGCGGAGAAUUGGCUUCCAAUUCAUAUAACAAAUUAAAAGAGAUCUUGAAUAUUGGUGGUCGCAGUGCUCCAAGAUUGGAUGGUAAGGGACUCCUAAAGUCUUUAGGCACCGAGAUUCUUGCUCAAGAAGAUGGCGUCCUAAACACCCGUGGCAAAAGGAAAGGUGACCUCAAAAAACUAGAGUAUUGCACAAAAGUGAUACUCACAACCUUGUUUUUUGCAUUACCUUCGGAGGCCAAAGCUAACAUCAUAAAAAUAGAGACUUACAGCAUUCAGUCCAAUGGGCUUCGACUCACGAUUUCUGUGUCAAAGUAUUUAUUCGAAAAUACUAUUAUCACAAUGGAUUUGCAAGAUAUAGAAAUCCCGAGGACUGUAGAAGGAUUCUCAAAAUUGGUAGUGGCCGUGAAAGUAAUUUUUUCUUGGAAGGCUCGAACUAGGAAAAACACAAUGGAAUUUUAUAAAGCGCUAAAAAAUGGUCACAAACGUCUGGAGAACGGGAUUAAAUUUUCACCCAAAAAGAUUGCUAUAUAG